CACUGAAGCCUGUUAUUUGCAUACAGAGCUCCUCUGCAAUCUGGACAGCGCUGGUUUUACGGCAGUUAAAACCGACGAAAGUCACGGAUAGCCUAGGGCUACACGGAAACGGCCGCGGUGUUAGGGAAACUGGUGCAACUAUGAGACGUGGAGCAAGAUUGCUUUGGGAAGGAACUGGGCGAUAAAGAUAGUUGGUAAACACAAGCUCUUUAUCCAUCCGAGAUACGCUGUACCACCUACAGAAUCGUGAAGGUAGGUUGAAGUCUUAGGACGCGGAUGCGCCGUGCAAGACGUCGCAUCAGGAAAACGGCUCGACGUUCGCAACGACAGCAACUUAAAGAGAACCUUUGAAAGACGACACACCCUCAGCUGAAUCUGAAGAUGCACAGUUUUAUCCGAACGCUGGUUUGCUUGGCGGUGAUUCGAGGAUGUCUGUGCCAGUCGUCUAUCGGACUGACUCUACCGGACACGGUGAACACCAUAGCCGGGGACCCCGUUACCUUACCCGCCACCUUCCGCACGGAUCGCCGCAUCGCCACGAUCACUUGGACCAAAUUGGAGAAAAAUGGAGACAAAAGAACUCCUAUUCUCACGAAUAUACCUAUGAUGGCGUCGACUGAAGCGCAUGGCUCCUAUGAAGGUAGAGUGGAACUGGUCGGGAAGGCCUCCCUGAAAAUUGACCGGACCACAGCUGAAGACCAAGGGCGGUACGUCCUCACAUUGGUGGGGCAAGGGAUCGGCACAGAGGAGGGGUUCAUCGAGCUGAACGUCAUGGUUCCACCAAGAAUCGCAGUGGGGCCUUCCGACCCAGUGAUGGCAGCCAGUGGAAGAUCGGCAACUCUAACGUGCUCAGUCACGGAAGCGAAGCCGAACAUCACAUCACUGCACUGGGAGAAGGACGGGUCGUUAAUCGAUAGUUCACGAUUGGUCACCAAGUAUUCCGGUGGGAAUCUGCAGUCGACGAAUCUGGUGAUACAUUUCGUGACCAGGGGUGACGCAGGUGUAUACAAGUGCAUCGCAGAUCACGUGGUUCGAAGAGUCAGCGCUGCACUGACAGUGCGGGUGUUGUAUCCCGCCACUAUACUGAGCAUCUCGGACUCCCAGACUGUUUCCGUGUCGGACCGCGUCACUCUGCAGUGCGUGGCUGAGGGAAACCCUCCGCCCAACAUCACGUGGACACGGAACGGAGUGCGUCUGCGCGGGACCACGAAGAGCGUGUCACGUGACGUCCGCGCAGAAUCUGUGGUACUGGAUGACGUCACAGUGAACGCCAGCGGUAUUUACGCAUGUACAGCGGCCAACUCCGUUGGGAAGAGUGACCUUAAGUCUGUAGAAGUGAUCGUCCAAGGUUCUCAGUCUUGGCUGGACGACAGCAGUAUAGCCAUCCUUGUGGGCGCUAUCGCUGGAGGCCUGUGGCUCGCCAUCUGUGUGGGUCUGGCCGUGUACUUCGUCAGGCGGCGGCGGAACAGACAGGACAAGAAGCGGUUCGCCUUCUACUACAACAUGGGGCGGAAACAGCCGGACGGCACGGACGGAAAGACGGGGGAGGAGACGCUAGAAGUGACCCGUCACCCACACCUCAAGCUACCAGCCAAACCAGUGUCAGGGGCUCCUACGUACGGUGGGAUAGAUACGAUGCGUCGGACCAAGGGCAAAGUGCGUCGUUACGGCCUGGUCCUGUACACCUACCACCCACAAGAGGACAACGAGUUGUAUCUGGAGAUUGAUGACGUCAUCGAGGUGCUUGAGGGGGAAGAUGGCGGCUGGUGCCUGGGUUACCUGAGGGGCAGGAUAGGCCUGUUCCCCUCCAACUACGUCAAGUUUCUGUCCGCGUCCCAAGUGUCUGCAUCGAAACUGAGGGAACUGUACGAUUCAUCCGACCCCAAUCGCAGAUCGGGAAAGUCAAGCGUCUAAACGGAACAA